UUUUCCCCGGCCCCCCGUCCUCUCUGUAUUUCUCUCUCCUCUUCUCUCUUUCUCUCUCUCCACCGCAAAACCCCCUCUUUCCUCCUCUAAACUCCUCACCAUUUCGCAAACUUCAUCAUCACUCCUAACAAAGCAGGCGAGCAUAAAUAAGAUCCCCCCCCCCCUUCUCCCUCACUUCCCCCAAAAAUACCCACAUUCUCCCCCAAUUUCACCCCUUCCCGUUUUUCUCUCUCCUCCUCUAUUCAUGGGGAUUCCUUAAAUUCACAGCUCAAAUAUGUCAAUUCGAUAAAAAAAAGCACCCCCAAAUUAUUUUAUUUUUAUCUGGGUAUAUAAUCAUUUUUCACGAUCAAAACAUGCGGGUAAAAGAUAUGCAUCCUCUAUGCUGCAUAUCCUUAGAAGGCGGUGGUAAUAGCCCGAGCCCUGGUAUUGGGUCCCUGGAGCUAGCGCUUUCUCGGGCAGGGAGCCUAAAACGAUGCUCCACCCUACCCGGAUCCAUUACAGGCAAUGUGGGAAGUUUCCGGCGAUCUGAGAUGAACGUUGCCGGGGCUUUAUUUAAAUGGACGAAUUACAGCAAAGGAUGGAGAUCUCGGUGGUUUUUACUACGUGGGGAUGGGUUGCUUUCCUAUUGUAAGAUUCUCUCUCCUCAAAGCCUGAAUUCUCUCUCCUCUUCAUUGGGAGAUGACGUCACUAUCAUCGGUGAUUUGACGUCACCCAGGCUUUUUCGUUUGAAUAGUACCGGAAGGAAGAAGGAUAGCAAGAAAAACUCCGUCGUUCAUCUCAAGGUAUCAUCGUUUCGAGAGAGCAGGUCCGACGAUAGGAGGUUUUACAUAUUUACAGCAACAAAGACCCUUCACUUGAGAACUAAUUCGAAGCGUGAAAGAGCGCUUUGGAUUGAAGCUUUAGCAUCAACUACAAGUCUCUUCUCCCUCAGACCAUUCAAUGAUAAUCUCUCUCUUUCCCCUGACACCAUUUCCAUUUCAACUGAAAGACUAAAGAAUCGAUUAGCCGAAGAUGGGGUCAAUGAUUCACUCGUAAAGGAAUGUGAGCAGAUUAUGCUAUCUGAAUUCGCACAAGUACAACGAAAGCUCAAUUUUCUAUGUAAGGAAAGAUCCAGUUUGCUCGACACAUUAAGGCAGUUGGAGGCAGCUAAUAUUGACGCUGAAGCCCCAGGAAUCAAUGAUAAUGAAUAUCAACUUUCGAAGAACGAAUACUCAAGCCUAGAGCGUUCGAAAUAUAGUGAAUGUAGUACUACUGAGUCAUCUGAUGACACCGAGAAACAAGACGUGGAGGAGGCAUCAGAUGAAGAGGAAUCUUGCUAUUAUGAUUCAAAGGACUUCUUUACUGAAUCUCCAUCUCAUCUUAUUGGCAGUGGUAUGGACACCAAAGGUCAAGGUGCUGAUGUGAAAGAUGCUUGGCCUAAAGAGGCACCAAAUGAAGCUCUAUGUUCACACAUUGAAAGGCGUAUUAAGCUUCCUGAUCCAGUUGAAAAGGAGAAACCAGUCAGUCUUUGGUCUAUGAUCAAAGACAAUGUAGGAAAAGAUCUUACAAGGGUAUGUCUCCCAGUGUACUUCAAUGAACCUAUAUCAUCACUUCAGAAAUGCUGUGAAGACUUGGAGUAUUCUUACCUUUUGGACCGGGCAUAUGAAUAUGGUAAAGCGGGAGACAGUCUUAUGAGAAUUGUGAACGUUGCAGCUUUUGCGGUUUCUGGUUAUGCAUCUACCGAGGGCCGGCUCUGUAAACCUUUUAAUCCUUUGUUAGGGGAAACUUAUGAAGCUGACUUUCCUGAGAAAGGAAUUCGGUUUUUCUCUGAGAAGGUAAGCCACCACCCCACUCUCAUAGCAUGCCAUUGUGAAGGCAGAGGGUGGAAGUUCUGGGCGGAUAGUAACUUGAAGACCAGCUUUUGGGGUCAAACAAUUCAGCUUGAUCCAGUUGGAGUAUUGACUCUUGAGUUCGAUGAUGGAGAGAUAUUCCAAUGGAGCAAGGUUACAACUAGCAUCCAUAAUCUUAUCCUUGGAAAAAUUUAUUGUGACCAUCAUGGGAUGAUGCACAUACGUGGUAACCGUCAGUACUCGUGCAACCUUAAAUUUAAAGGGCAGACUUUUCUUGACAGGAAUCCCCGCCAGGUUCAAGGUUGUGUUGAAGAUGGCGUUGGGAGCAGAGUAGCAACAGUAUUUGGGACAUGGGACGAUAGUAUUUAUUAUCAUAAAGGAGAUGGAAAGAACAAGCGUAAAGAUACAAGUUCAUCAGAUAAUGCUUCCUUGGUUUGGAGGAGGACCAAGCAUACCCCUAAUCUUACUCGAUACAACUUAACUCCAUUUGCCAUUACUCUCAAUGAGCUGACUCCUGGACUUAAGGUAGAUGAGCAGCUUCCCCCAACAGAUUCAAGGCUUAGACCUGACCAGCGUCAUCUUGAAAACGGGGAGUAUGAAAUGGCGAAUGCUGAGAAGCUACGCCUGGAGACAAGGCAGCGAAUGUCAAGGAAACUACAAGAAGAUGGAUGGAGACCCAGAUGGUUUGACAGAGAAGGUGAAGAUGGACCUUACCAUUAUAAAGGUGGAUAUUGGGAGGCUAAAGACAAGGGAAAUUGGGAUGGGUGUCCAAAUAUAUUCGGAGAAAUUGUUGAAGCCUCUGACAACUUCACUGAAGAAUAAACAUAGUUUAAAAAAGAAGCUACGGAAAUCUGAAACUGUUAUAGCAGCAACUACGAGUUACAAGUAUGAUCUGAAUUAUAUUGAAAGCUGCUGCUACCAUCUCAACAACUCCGUUUUCAUGGAACUUGGAGACUUUGAAGAUAACCCACUGCUCACUUUUGCUCAUGUAUGGAGAUUUCAUGGUUGUAGCAGCUAGAAAACAAGCGCAAGGUCGUCAAAAUUACUCUUGUGGACCCAUUGAAAGGUAAAAGAAUGUAAUCCUUCCUGUUAUAUAAUUAGAUGAUUUUUUUGUAUUUUCAGAGGAAUAAAUAUGGAGGGGACUUUUCUUUGGGGGGUGGGGGAAGUUUGGUAAUCACAGGGAUGACUGUGUGAAAUUGUGGUAAUUAUUGCGGCUCAUAAUCUCCAUCAAGGCGUCAACUAGUUCCCAUUUCCCAUUUGUAUUACCUUUUUGUCCUCUCUAUCCUCCUUCAAGUUGUAAAUUUUACAAGUGUAGUAGUUAAAGGAAAGGUCUCAUUGUUGAAGCAACUGUAAUAUUGAUUUCCCAAAUGUGGAUAUCAACUAGUUUAGCUUGUAAAAAGCCAUUGGAAUUAAUGGCUGAAACAUUUGAUCGAAUUAUGUUUGUAACACUACCCCUAGGAAUCAAAAGAAAUUUAUAUUUUUUGGUAA